CCGCGAGGAGAGUGUGGAGAUGCUGCAUGUCCACUGACCAUUUUCCCACCCGACCAUGGAAGCCAACAAGUGGACGUAAAAGAAGCAGCAGCAGCAGCUUGUGUAGGAUUACAGGACUUUCUUCAUGCGUGUUAGUGUCAUGGUGACAGGUCACAGGAUUGUCUGCUGCUGACAGGAGCUUCUCGAGUUCCGGGAUCUAAAAGAGUUGCGCGUUGAAAAGGCACGAAUCAUGUCAAAGGGGCGCUUGGCUCACGCGCUCAGGGGGGUCUGCUUCAUUUGGCAAGUUGCAUUGAUGGCUGCGACGGGGAGUAAACUCUGGGAAGUGCCCACAACUUCCUCCAACUUCAGCAAAAGCCUGCAACAGCAGCCCCACUGCCACUUCCGCCACCAUCAAGACAGAGUGAGAAUCACAGCAGAAAUACCUCCAAAGUUGGACGGCACCUGGCUGUCAACGAGAUGUGAAGUUCGUCCAGGUCCGGAGUUCCUCACCCGAUCCUACACAUUCCACCCCACUCGUCACUUCCAGGCGCUACAGCACUACUACGCCGACAGCGGCUGCGAGAAUCCUGUCUACUCCCUGGUGAUCCGAGGCAAGCUCCGUCUUCAGCAGGCCUCCUGGAUCACCCGCGGAGCCACUGAAGCCGACCAGCACCUCAGCGGUGUGGUCAUCGUUGUCCACAGCCUGGCAGCCAAGCAGAAGCUGGCCUCAAGGCUUCCCCCGUCCUGCGUGGGUCCGAACCUGUCUCGAAUGGUGCCUGGGAAGCCGCUGAACCUUUACAACACCCGAGCGGGGAGGGGGUGCCUGGCUGCUAUGGGUUUCUCCAUGAUGGAGCUGGAUUUGGUUAGGGUGGAGACGCAGCACCACAUCCAUGGGGAGAAAAUCCAGGAGCUUUUCUUGGGGGACAUACAUACUGACUGGACUGAAAGAACUCACUACAGACCUACAGGGUACCAGCAGCCACUGCAGAGCGCCAUGCAUCACAUCCAUCCCUGUCCAGUGUGUGCCCUAGUCUACCGCUCUUCAGAACAACGGCCCCCACUUUUGCCCCGGCAAGCGCAACCCAGUAUUUCCUUGGCCGGACGCUGGGUAAGCCAGCAGUGUGAAACUCGUCCCACCGUUCUCUUCCUUACUCGAGAGUUCCACUUUGAUCCUGACCAACACGCGUGGGAGGGGAUCUACCGCCACUACUUGGACCCCCUCUGCUCACAGAGCACCUUCACCCUGAGAGCUUCAGGUCACUACGCUCAGGGAAACCCCUCAGUCAAGGUACCGGGAGCCACCGAGUUUGUCUUUAAGGUGACUGACGUGAGAGUGACAGCUGAAGACGAGUCCACGACAAAAUUGUUGAACAGGACAAAAUCGGGCAAGUGCGGGCAAGCCGGAGAGUGGAAGGUCGGAGUGGAGCAGGGCCUGAGCUCCACACACGGGUGCACAGUGCUCGGCAUCAAACUGCCGCAUAAGGAGUACGAGCUUUUCAAAGUUGACCAGGACCACAGGAGACAGCCGCUGUUGUAUGUUGGGGAGAGGCCGACGGAUGGUUCCAGCCCGGACCGACAGACGAGGAGGGCCACUUCCUUUCAGGCUCCCUUGAUGCUUUGCAGCGGCACAGAAACGCAGCCCCCCAGUCGCUACGGUUCAGGGUUCAACAGCAAACAAGUCCAGAUGGGUACCAGCGGAACUGGGAGGCUGACACAGAUCCUGUUGGUGGUCCUUGGAUGUACUCUGUGCAGCUGGAUUUGGAUUUUUUAGGGACUUGGCACACUGGACAUUGUUCUCCCGCAUUACAAGACAUUCAGAGGAGCUGAAUACACAGUAUAGUGGUACCUUGACUUACAAGUGCCCCAAUUUACAAGAAUUUAAAGUUUUUUGCCGUCACUUGGUUGCUUUCCUUUUUUUUUUUCCUUGGUGUUGAGACAAAAUUUGUUUUGAGCGAGCUGCAGAUGCACCACCCCUCGAGUGAAGUGAAAAAAAAAAAGGAACAAUUUAGGUACUGCCGAAGCACUUUCAGACAUGUAUUGAAAGGGACAAACAGUCAAACCCACAAAUACAAAAUGAGAGCACUCACAAGGAGCUGCUGCUGACGUCAGUUGGCCACACCCCAUAAAGGCACACAUCCAACACACAAAUACUACAGUAAAUACAGUAAUUACACUUUAUAAAACAAGUUUAUUUUACAUUAUCUUUAAUUAAAUGUUUAUACAUUACGGUGCUAUUUUACUUUAUUAAAAACAUGUAACAAACGUGUUUUGGUGGCUGAAAUGGAUAAAUGGCAUUUCAAGGUCAAGGUACCACUGUGUGUAUAUAAUUUUUAUAUCCGCUCCCUUUUUUGGACCGCUGAUGGAGCCUUUAUGUUCACAUUUAGGAUCUUAAGCUACAGUUCCAGUUCUACUUUCAACAAAGCUGCACAUGAACCACUGAUACCAUCAUUUACGUAGGAAAAAAUGGAUUCUACCCUCAUAUCUUGUGGAAAACGCUGUUUUCAUGUAAGGCCAUGACAAAUCAAGAUGACUGUUGAAAUGUGGGUGGGAAGAGAGCUCCUUUUGAGCCAGAAUGCAGUAGAACUAAUGCACUUUGUACACACCAUUGUUUAUACUGGAAAGAAAAUCAGCCAAGCAGACAUUUUGUAACCAGCUCCCAUCCUUAUUGGUCCUAGUCCACUUUGUGGCGUAAGAUGUUGCUCUUCUUUUAAAAGCCUUUAAGCUUUCAGUCUAAAUGCAUCCAACAACUAUUUAUUUUAUCACCAUAUAUAUAUAUAUAUAUAUAUAUAUAUAUAUAUAUAUAUAGAGAGAGAGAGAGAGAGAGAG